AUGAUGAUCUGGUUGCCUCCUCUGGUACUUGAUCCACUCUUGUUACUGGGUUCCUCCCUGGAGAAUUACAUCCAAGAAUGCAUCAAAGCUCUCGGCAAUUCCGUCAACCGUCUAUCCUCCCCCGUUGGGGGCGGCGUCGGCAAGGACGGAUGCAAUAGCUUGAUUAGGAAUGUCGGUUUCUUCCAGCAGAGGCCGAAGAUUAGGGUGACAUCAAAGUUUGACAAGAGGACGGUGAAGGUCUUUACACAACCCAAUUAUUUGCAUAACUUUGUCCAAUCGACAUUCUAUGCCCUCAGGGAUGAUAAAGUUAGGGGUGCUACACUUGUUGUUUUCGGUGAUGGCCGCUACUUUUCAAAGGAUGCAAUUCAGGUCUGUCACAUACUUGCAGACGUAACUCAAAAGGGUUUGGAUGAUUUACCUUUUACUUUCUCAUUCCCUGAUUGUUCGGUGUCUUAA